AUGACUCAAUCCGCGAAUACCGUUCCCACCAUUGAACUUACCGCUCUUGAAUCAACAUUAAAAUCGCUCUUACUCGAUGUCGCAGAAUACAUACACGAGAAAAAUAUUGCAGAAGGACGCCGGGACACAGAGCCUACGGUUCUGCGAUUUACCGGAGGAUGGGUGCGGGACAAGCUCCUAGGGGUGGGCAGCAACGAUGUGGAUGUCGGUAUCAACAACAUGACAGGGUAUCAGUUUGGUUUGCUCCUCAAGGAGUAUAUGGACAGACCGGAAAACCUGGAGAAGUACCGACAGAAGCAGCCCAAUGGAGAGUUGAAACAUGCGAUUGCUAGCCUACAUAAAAUCGAGGCGAACCCGGAGAAGUCCAAACACCUGGAGACAGUGACAACAAGGAUAUUCGGCUUGGACAUUGAUCUCGUAAAUUUACGAAAGGAGACUUACUCGGAAGACAGUCGAAACCCGCAGAUGGAAUUUGGCACAGCCCAGGAAGAUGCAAUGCGCCGCGAUGCGACGAUCAAUGCGCUUUUUUAUAACCUGAACGAGUCCAAGGUUGAGGAUUUGACUGAACGAGGUCUGGAGGACAUGCAGAAGAGGAUUAUUCGUACCCCGAUGGAACCCUACCAAACCUUUCAGGACGACCCAUUGCGUGUGCUGCGCUUGAUUCGCUUUGCUAGCCGACUGGGUUACAAUAUCGAAGAGGAGACUCAGGAGGCAAUGCGAAAUGACCUUAUCGGGGAGGCUCUCAAGCUGAAGAUCAGCAGAGAACGGGUGGGCAAGGAGCUAGAAAAGAUGCUGCAAGGUCCUGAUCCCCGCGGUGCACUGCAAUUCAUUGACCACCUUGGACUAUACCCGACUAUCUUUGCCAACCACCAGGAUGAUGCGCAAGCAGAUACCUCGUCAUGGGCACUUGCAUACAAUGCGCUGGGGAGGAUCCUGAACCCCCAUGAUGACGACCCCAUGAUUACCAAAAAUGUCCGUGAUUUCCUCGUACGCGACAAACUUGAAUCCUACUACGCGUGGAUGAUUGCAGCAUUUGCUCCAUGGUCAAGUGUGCCAACCCGCGUUGCGAGGGGACCCAAGGCGAAACCUCUCCCGGCCCGGACCGCGGAAGUAGCUCGAGACAGUUUGCGAGCUGAUAACAAGACAAUCGCCGUCAUUGGCGAUGCGGCACAUAAUUGGCAGGCCAUUACCGACAUCAAGAACGCUGUCCUCGAGGGACGCUUGGAUGGAACUGCAGCAGAAGUGCGGCAGCAGGUCGGACUGCACAUCCGCUCGUGGAAGAAGGACUGGAGGCUCUGUAUACUUCUUUCUAUACUUCAAGAAAUUAUGCGAGGCGGCGAGUUUACCAGCGUUCUGGAAUCGUACGACCACUUCCUCUCCUACAUCAAAGAGCAAGAUCUACAGGAUGUGUUCGAACUGAAGCCCCUCGCCAACGGCGGAGAGAUUGUAAAAGCUCUUGGUUGCAAGACUGGUCCCUGGAUGUCGAAAGCCUUGGAUAUGUCCAUCAAAUGGCAGCUGUUGCACCCGGAGGUUACCGAGAAGGAAAAGAUAGCGAGGUACAUAGACGUGUCUAUGGAAGAGUUUCAAUCGGUGGCGCGUGAGUGCCUAGGUCGCGGUGAUGCGCACAUCCCAGACUCGCGGCUGGAUAAUGUCGUCGUCCCCGGAGAAUUGGACUGUUUAUGGGACAUCAUUUCAGCCCACGAGGACAAAGAUGAUACAACUGUGUCUGAAGACUUGUAUCUCGCUCGGGAGUUCCUGAGACUUCGGAACUCCAAAGAUUUAUCAGAGCCUGAUGCCGCCGCAGCAAAUCACAUCUAUGCCUGGGCGAACAAGCUGAGAUCAUCACUCUCAAUAUCCGUGAUUUCAGCCUUGGACUCUCUAUAUCCAGUGCAUAACGCAGCAGACGUGCCAAACAUCAUCCUCGCACUGGCAAGCUUCACUUCCGAAGCAGACCCGUGGACAACAGCCGAGUCACACACGGCGUCCACUGCCAUUCUUAAAAGGUUUCGCACAACAUCCCCCCCGACAGCAGAUGUAUCCUUCUGGGUUGUCCUUGAAACCAUCCUCAAGGACACAAUUCGACCUCUCUUCACGAGAACAAGGAACCCCGCUAUCACAGCAGCAGGUCGCAAGGACAUGCACCCUAUCCCUCUUCCCAGAUUUGAUACCAGCAUCCUUGACCCUGAGUCGAAACCAUGGCGAUCAUCAGACGUCUACGCGACGACCGUCUUUGCCUGGAUCCUAAGACAAUAUCAGGCACCAGACGUCGGCCGUCUGGAAUCCCACUUCCCCCUCCUCGUCCCACCAAUCCUCGCCUUGAUUGACGAUGAAACCAACCCCAACAGAACAGACGGCUGCACGCUUCUCACCCAUCUCCUGCAGCCCAUCCAGCAAGCCAAAUCCGACAUUCUGAAGCGUACCAACCUUUCCUCUGUCUUCAUCGAUGCCAUCAAACCAUGUCUCCUCUCCCUACCUACUAUAACCCCUGAACCCGACUCCAUCCGUUUGCUAAGCACAGCCUAUCCAACCCUCUUCUUACUCCUCAGAACCAGCUACUUACCCAAGGAUAAACAGACCUACACCACUGAGCUAACGAAAGUCCUUCGCGAGAACCUCAUCCCCUCCUUCCACCACAUCAGCACCCUGACGCCUUCUAGCGGGACACAAUCUACGCUGUCCUCGUUCCCGCACCCAAAAUUGUCUACUCUUCUAUUAGACAAGAUACACGAUAGUCUCUUCGAUCUUGCCAUUCACACAACAAAGUACCUACAGGAAGUCAUCCCGCUUAUCUACAGUACGCUGUCUAAUCCCUUCGGGACGGCGUAUCCACCUCUCUUAUUGGCGGGGGUGGCUGUUACCAGAGCCGUGAUUCUGAAUGCACACCCGCGGAUCUGGCGCUGGAGAGGGGAGAUCCUGGGAGCCCUGGCGGCAUGCUGGCUUAGCGUGGCUGACGAGGAGGCUGCGGAGCGAGGGAAAGAGGGUGAAAGGGAAGAGUUGAUUAAACUAAAGUUGCAGCUGAAAGGCGUGGUCUAUUUGCUGAGAAUGGUUUUGCAGAAUCCAGAUGAGGAGAUCGCCAAGGAUGACAAGGUGAUUGAAGCGAAGGAGGGAUUUGCGAAGGAGGUAGAGGAGCUGGUUGGUGCUGAUGAGGCAUUGAGAGAAUUGCUGCUUGGGGAGGUAGAUGGGAAGGAUGGAAUGUAUUUUGGUUAA